UGUGUGUAAACAUUUGAAAGGUUUACGAAACAGUUUGUUUUUGUUUUUAUUCGAAAUAAUCUCAAAUUUGCAAUUUAUUUGAAAUCGCCGAUUGGGUUCAACGACACACACAUAAAUGUGAUACCGAAACCGCAUAACUCCAGUGUCUCUCGAUGCCCUGAUACGAGAUUUAUUGAUCAACGAUUCUGAUCGGCCGAUUUUCGCCAUGGAAACAUUAGACAAUUGGAAGCUAAAUGUCAACAAUUUUUAUCCGGUCGGUUUGAAGCAUUAUGGCAACGACAAAACAACACUGGUAAUGAUUUGGAGCUCCACCCUGUUGUGUACUAAGAAAUUUCGAUCAUUCGCCAAUGCCAUCCAGCACAACCUCGCGCCGGACAAAGAUCAGGUCAGACAAAUCAGCGAUACAAUUUCACAAAUUGUAACGAACACAUUGGAGUCAGCGAUUCUCACAGAAAGCGAAAAGUUGAUGUACUUCGAAACGCACAAAAUUCUCAGAAACGUUGACUACGUGGGAACGGUGAAGGCAAUUUGUACGUCGAAAGAAACCUUUGUCAUACUACAAUUGAACGACGAGGGCAGCAUUCAAAUCGUCCUUCAUCCGGACUCGUUUCCUUGUCCAUCCAAGCAGCUACGGACAUUUGAUGUUAGUUUUGACAGAAGUUAUUGCCAGACAACUUGGAACAAUGCUAACUUCAAGAUUGCCACAUUGGAAGCGAACCCCCAAAGGCCAGAAUUCUUCAAUGCUUUGAGAAAGUGUCCGGGAGAACAAUACUCAGCUGAUGAUGUCUUUAUAUUCUUUUCGAUUAACAACACACUUUUGUCGCUGGUUAUUGAAGCUGAUGAUUAUCGAUAUCAUCAGGUUCACACUCACGCGUCGAAUGUGAGGGGAAUACAUUCAUCGCAUGAUUUAAAUGCCAUUUACGUUUUGCUGGAGUCUGGUGUCAUCGAUGUUAUUUAUUCAUGUGAAAUUCUAGGAGUCAUAUUAACUUCGUCACUCUACUUCAUGCAUGAUGUUGGUGCAUAUGAUAUCAGUGACGAUAUCUUCGUGUAUUCAGACGGAUUCCAAGUUGUCAUCGCCUACAUUAAAUAUUGUAGCGACACAAGAGCCUACAAAACUAGCCAGAAGACUAUUUCCUUGCCGGGAAUUGUUGCAUUCACAACAGUUAAAACUAUUAAGACGGUCCUGUGUUUAAGCGAAAAUCGGAUAUUCUACAAAAUUUCUUACUCAACCCAUGAAUUCGUAGACGCUAAAUCCAGUUCGAACGUGAUGAUUCCAGUUGAUGAUUUCUUAGACAACGCUCGAAAGACAACCAACGGCAUUCAAGAUCUGGUUGACACUUACGAAUUUCUUAAAACCGAACUGGUAACACAACAUAAAAUGUUUGAUGCAUUAGCCCUUCGAUACAACCACAAAAAUGAGAAAAGUCCACUAAGGCUUCCAUUGAGUGCUACAUUAAAAAUUCAUCGAACGAUUCCGGACUUACCGACGACUGCCAUAUACCCAUCAACACCUAUGAAAGUUGGUAGGGACGUCUGCUUUUUACAAAUUCAACUUCAACCGCAUCGAUUCGGCAAAGUUUUUACCACAAACAUUUGGUGCCUUAACAUUCACUGCAAGACUUUAUCAAAGACACUUUGUCAAGUUUAUCGGCUAAUUGACGAAGAUUUCGUCGAACCGUUGGACAUUUUGAUGCCAUUAGAAAUUGAAACUCACAUCCUACCGCCGCAAGUAAAAAUUGAACUUUGUACGCAUGUAACGAUCGGUUCAGAUGAAAUACGCAUUUCGAUUCCUGUUCAUUCCGACAUGAUUGACUACAGAGAUAUGAUAAAAAUUAGCAGCAAAAUGCCACAUCUUCCAAUCUCAACUAGUCAUCGCAACAUUAACGACAAUCAACGACCAUUCCAGCGACCACUGAUGUACCGAAUAAAUUUACCAAAAAGUAUUUCACUGAAUGCAAUUUUGGGCGAUAAUGACUCGCAGUUCCAGUUCAAAGACAAUAAAUGCUACUUGGGCUUCUUCAACAGUGUGCUGGAGCUGAGCGCAGACGAUACAUUCAGUACAAUUUGUUUGAAAACUUGCGAUGCAGCAGCUAUGUUUCAUGUGAAAAAACUCAUCUAUGAACGACUGAGGACUGUAUACAAUCUAACAGUAGAUCCGGGGCAUAUCAGUGUGCAGAAAUAUGUUGACAUACAGGGUCGUAUCAAAAGCCUAUGUUUGUCUGAUUCGGAUAUCAACGAAAAAUUGGACAACAUUUUAACCAACUUAUGUGAAUUAAGAUUCUCCCAUAUGAAAUAGACGAAAUGAUAUGUGGGUGAGUUUGCGAAUGACUUACUAAAACUGUUAUUGACGGUACGAUACCAAAUUUGUAUAUACAAAGUCAAGAUUUGCUUUCUUUUUUUCAACCGUUUUUUUUGUUACAUCUUAAGAUUGGCAAAUAUUGGAAAAUAAAACAAAUGUUUUCCUUGAGAAUCA